AUGACGUCCAACUACGUCAAGAAUCGACUGCCGUCACCUAGAGUCGUACACAAGACCCCGUUUGAGAUUGCCUACAACUUGAAACCAAGCGUCAAGCACACGCGAGCAUUCGGGUGUCAGACGUACAUACUGACGCCAAAGGAGAAUCGACUCACGUGGGAUCCAAAGGCUCGCGCUGGCAUAUUCGUGGUUAUCAGUCGCGAUGUCAGCUUCGACGAGUCCACCUUUGGACUGCCGCUGCUGAUCACUGAUGAAGAUGCCGAUGACCUGGACUUCGAAUUGCUUGACCUCAAUGAUGAAGAGCCGCGUCUGGUGGAGUACAAGCAAACAGGCAAGCGCAAAAACCGCCUCAGUGAUGAAGAUACAGCAGCUCCACGACCGCGUGCAGUGCGUCAACGACCCGGACUAGAAAAGUCAAGCGCGCCGGAAAGCAACUCGUCACGCCAAGAAGAAGACGAAGAAACGAAGGAUUCUGAUGAAUCAACUCCGCCUGUGUUUUGUUGUGCGAGUGCGAAUGCCGUUGAAACAGCAGCGGACUUAUCGGAGCCCUCAACAUUUGAGGCGGCAGUGAGCGGCCUUGACCAAGUUUAUUGGUCAAGCUAUUCAUGCAGAGCUCGAGUCAACGCGACUUCGCAGUGUGUUUUGUGUCGCCAAGCUUCCCAACGGACAACGCGCCAUUGGCACAAAAUGGGUGUUCAAGAUCAAGCUCAAGGCGGGUGGGUCAAUCGAGAAGUACUAGGCACGACUUGUGGCCAAGGGCUUUAG